UCCCCUUGAUCUCUCCGAUGAGAUGAUGCCCCUCGCCGCCAAGGACUUCCCCCAGGUCGACCCCUUUGCUGCCCAGGGUGUCAGUGGUUUCGUCAUCUCCAACAACGAGGAUGUCCUCUCGUGUGGUUCGAUAUCUUCAGAUCACGAAAGUGACGAUCAAGCCUGGUCGCCGACCCUCAACAUCUCCCCCGUUCUCCCCGCCAUCCCCGAGCCAGAACCUCUCUCCCCCCGCGCCAUGAUCGAGCCGAUAGAUACCCGCCGCCGGUCGGUACCUCAACCGAGAUGGCCCUCGACCAGUCCCAGGUCACCCCGGGAGACCAGAGCCAAGAAGACGAGUCGCAGUCUGUCCGACUCGAUGGCCUCCGUCCAGUCAGAGUCCCAGUCGCCCUCGACGACGAUAACAGCGCACACCCCCUCGCAAACACCCACGAUGCGCAAUGCCGCCAAGCGUGCCGCCCACAACAUCAUCGAGAAGCGCUACCGCACAAACAUGAACGCCAAGUUCGUGGCCCUCGAGAAAGCCAUGGCUACCCCGCACGGCGUCUCGAAGAACUCGUCGUGCUCAUCCUCCUCCCCUUCGGUGACGAACCCGGCCUCGAGACCCGGGGCCGCCGCCUCGCUGAAGAAAUCAGAGAUCCUCAGCAACGCCAUCACCUACAUCCAGGAGUUACAGGAGGAGAACCGCGCUAUGCAGAAGGAGAUGGCUCUCUUGAAGCAGAAUCUUCUUCCGGGUGGCAUCUGGAGGCAUAAACGGGAAUAUUAAUUUUCCUUCUUCUUUAUCUGAUUGCAGAUUGCAUUGCUUGCAUUGAUUGCAGAUUGCAUUGAUUGUUGUGAUGAAUUCUUUGUUUUUCUUCUCUCUGAUAUCCCUUCUCUGUAUUUCAUUGUGAUAUCCUGGAGUUUCUAGAUUCAUAUGGCUGGGUUCCAUCUCUUCUUCUUAUUGGUCUUCUCCCUGAGUAAAUAAAAGUCUCAGAUUCUAUUCCACUAAUAAUGCAAUAAAGUAAUUACUCUGGAUAUUUCACAUAACACUUGCUACCCCUUUUCUUCCCUUAAGAUAACACUAUAGAUUUCACUCUAUGACCCCUCACCUAUUUGCUUAUCAUCCCCAAACCUGUUUUUACUACAUGAAAUAAUGGAUUUCAAUGCAGACCGCUGGAAUUGGAAUCUUUCUUUUUCCUUUUCCUUUUCUUUUUUUUUUG